CACAAUGAUCCUUGGCGCACGUGUUCCUUUCUACCCGGCCGUCACGUCUCAACGGCACAGCUAGCUAAUGUCCGCGUCCCCCCAAUCCAAAGGUACCUAACCGGAAGCCUAAGUACACUCAAAUACCAAACCAAUGGCGACGAACGCGAUAUUCCCCCUAGAACCGCUCGAGCGAUUUGCCCAGCGCAAUUCCGCCGUGCGUAGACCACAAGAAAUCACCCACUUCUCCUUCGAUGACGCACACCAGCUCCGCCUCGAUGCCUCCUCGCUCCGAUACUACUACCCACCCGAACUCCACACAAGCCUUUCCGAAGGCUUCGAGACCUUCGUGAAGCACGACGACUCGGUCGACAGCCAUCUUGACGGCCUCCUCGAUGCGCUUGUAGAGUUGGAGAAGAAGACGGGGGAGAAAUGCGAGACCGAUAUCAUCACGUGGAGGGGAAUGAUGACGAAGUUUAUGAGUUUGCCGUUCGAUAUGCGGAAUGGGUUCGAGAUGAAUGCUACGAAAUUCCAGGAUACCAUUUUCAUAGAAGAAUCCCAUGCCUAUAAGAUGGCCACCCAACGCCCUGGGGGCCACCGUCAGCAAGUAAUGUCAUACUGGGGUUACAAGUUCGAAACUCUCUCAACCCUUCCAGCCACCUGGGACGACACGCCUCGUGAAACCAUAGAGUCCCGAAUGAAAGAAGUAGUCUCCAACGAAGCGCAAUUCUGUAGCAUCGUCAAGACGAGUUUCGGUGACACCGGUAUGAUUCUCGGUGGUGAGGUUGACGCCGUCUGGGAUACCCACGCACCCUCCUCCGCAGAUGGCACUCAAUACAUAGAGCUCAAAACCAACAAGCGCAUCACCUCGGACCGUGACGAAAUAGCGUUCGAGCGGAAGAUGCAGCGGUUCUGGGCGCAAUCUUUUCUUCUCGGAGUGGGACGGGUGAUUGUAGGCUUCCGCGACGACGAUGGGAUACUAAGGAACGUGAAGGAGUUUGAAACGCAUGAUCUCCCCCGGUUGGCGAGUAGUAGUGGUAGGAACCUGUGGGAUGCCCAGUUCUCGAUCGAUUUUACGACGGAGAUUGUGAAGUGGCUGAAGGAGGUCAUUGUGGAUGACGGCGUGUGGACAAUACGGCAUGCGGAGGACUCGAGGGUUGUAGAGGUGAUUAGGAAGGAGGGGGCGAAGAGUUUUCUGUCUGAAGAAUUUCUGAGCUGGCGGAAGGGGAGGUUCGAAGGAGGAGUUAAGGUGGAAGGAGGAGAGGUUGAACCUUUGAAGUCAAUAGAUACGGCCAUGACAUCGGUGUAUAUUUGAGCAUAGCAAAGGAAUUUCUAGGCAUCCCAUUUCGACAAGUG